UGCUCUCAUGAAUCAGGUCUCCGAACAAUCGCCACCCCCCGAAGUGCUGGAACUUGAUCCUAUAUGGACAACCAGUCGUACUGCCCGUCAAAUUCAUGCCCUUGGAGAGGUCGAAAAGCCGUCUUCUUUCGCUGGCUGCAUCCUCGAUAUCUCUUCUCACUUUACCCCAAACCGACAGUCCAGAAGAUAACUUACCUCAGGGUGAAGAAAGAUCAGAGCAAUUUGUGCUUGAAGUUAGCGAAUAUUUUGAACGUCUGGAUUCGAUUCAAACGGCUAUAAGAUCCUCUUUGGCCCAUAUUCGUCAUUCGCGUAUAGCUCCCUCAGCAAUAAAUGCGCCUCCACCGGGAUUUCUACCUCCUUCACUAGGCGUGGCUUUGCCUCCGGAACCCCAAGCCCCUUCCGACCCACAAUCUUCACAAACAACCCGGACAACCCGUGGCUUACAAGAGGAGCGACUGGACAGGGAUGCGUGGAAAGGUAUUCUGAACGCGCUUACGCGUCUGAAGCGUGAAAUGGAUUCGAGCAAGUCAAGGUCGGAAGAUACGGAUAUGAAAUGAACGGGUGCAAGGCUACGCAGCUUUCUGCUCGAUACCCACCAGUGCCAUGCGUUCGGACUUAUGGAAAAAUUGCAGAUGUCAACAACUUUGGCUGCAGUGAGCUCCCAUCAAUCAAAUCUAU